GACUGCAAACGGCACUGACCCAUAUCACGUUAACAUCACGUCAUCGCUCCAGCUGUGACGUAAGGCCGCCGCUGGGGCUGGCUUGUGCCUGGCACGUGCGCUGCAACACGAGCCCAGGGGCCGCGCCAAAUGCAGCCACGUGAGGGGGGGAGAGGGGCGGUCACAACGGCUAAAAAAAAGCAAAGUGGCGCUAACACACCUUGGUAUUAAAAAUAGAAGCGAUACAAACAUCAGUUAAGAUAUUUUUAACCGCAAAUUUCAAGUCAACGCGUUAUUAAUAUUCCUCCGCCGGGCUUCUACCUGGUUGCUAGGCGACGCAUCAGCGUGAGUGGCGUUUCAGGCGUAUUAAUAUGUAAAUUAGCCAACUGUGAUGCGGUCACACUAACGAUGAAGCUGAAUCAUUAAUAUUAAUUUAUUCUCCAUUAGUAAAUCACUGGUUCUGAAAGAGAUGAAAUACACUUACAGCCACGUUAGAACAAUUAAUAGUAUUUAAUUUUUUAUGACAUAGUGCUUUUAUGUUUCUCGGUUGUGGGGAAAAUAGAUCCAACCGUUGAUUGUGUUUCGUCACUAACUGAACCUUCAAAUAUAGCUGCAAUAUUGGCAGUUAAUGUCACAGAAAAGCACAACUUGUCAUAUGGAUGCGCUCCCCUCCCCUCUCUGUCUCAGCAUAGCUCACCGCUCCUAGCAUCAUGUUUUCCUCCGUCUUUCCCUGAGUCAUUGCGGUCUCUCGGGAUUUUCAGUCGGUUUCGGCGGUUUUCAGCCUCUGCGGGAUCCUGUCAGGUCCCUACCGGUGGAAAAAAAAAAAAAAAAAACUCGACGACCGUUGAGAUGACUGAAGUGGCUCCGAGCUUUCCUGACAUGACAGCCCUGGCACCUCCUCCUGCGCCGCUGCUCACCAAUAGGAAUGCGUCUCCUGCUCGAUCACCAUCCAAUCACAGGAGCCCUCCAGGUUCCCUGCGGACGGACCGGCAGCAUUUAGCUAAAGAGCGGCGCGAGGACAGAGAGAAGACACACGAGCUGGAGGUGGUGCUGCGGGAUAAGGAGCGACGUGCUCAGCAGCAGCUGGAGCGCUGCAGCGAGGAGCGAGGGAGGAAGAUGGAGGAGCAGAGGAAGAAGGAGAAGCGACGCAGGUCGGCAGCUGAGGAGAAGAGACGUCUGCAGCAAGAAGCAGAGAAGGAGAGGCUGGAGGCCCUGGUACGCCGGAGAGCAGGAGGCGCUGAUAAGAGAGGAGGAGGAGGAGGAGGAGGAGGAGGAGGGGAGGCCCAGGACCACCUGGAUAACAGGCCUAAACGGUGGACAUGGGGAGGACCGCCUGAUGGAGUGGAGGGUAACCCUAAGACCCCGCCCUGCCCUGCCAUUGGCUCCGCUCAGCCCAAUGAGCUUCCUGCUGCUUCCAGUGCCCGCAAAUCCCGUAACGUCGGUGACUUCCUGUCUCCACCCACUUCAGAUCAACCAAUGAACAAACAGCUCUCCAGCUCCUCAGCUGCCCUCCACUCACCAGAGAGAGUGUCUUUUGUGUCCCAUCGAACAGCUUCCUCCAACAACCACAGACCGUACAGAAGUUCCUCCAACCGCAGGAGCAUCGCUGGAUUCCCCGAGGACACGUCCAAAGCCAAAACACCCACGGGGGAGACUCCGAACACACCGGCCCGUAGCUCUUCCUUCAGGGCCAACAGCAAAGGCCCCGCCACACCGAAACGGGUGAGAUCAAACAGGAGUCGGGCCCAGUCUCCCUGCUCCCCCGGCCAGUACCCCCCCUCCCCGCACCGGCAGAGGGCCAGCACCCCCAGCAAUGACGACAGGGGUCACAAUGAGGUCAAAGGUCAUGGCACCCUGGAGAGGAAAUCCACCAAAUCUGAGACCUCAGAGAAGAAGAUCCCCAAAUCCACCAGCAGAGAACUGACUGCAGAGUCUCCUGGCACGCCCACAGGCAGGAGUGUUGGUGGGACGACGGAUGCCGAGGAGGCGUCCAGACUGCUGGCAGAGAGACGCCGUCUGGCCCGAAUACAGAAGGAGCAGGAGGAGAGACAACGGCAGGAGGAGGAGAGACUGAGAGCUGAGGAGGAGCAGAGGAGGAAGCAGGAGGCCAGAGAGCAGCAGGAAAGAGCGUUACGACAGGCCGAGGAGGAGAGAGUGAGGCGGGAGGAGGAGAGGAGGAGCAGGGAGGAAGAGGAGAGACGACAGAAGGAGCAGCGAUGGAAGGACAUGCAGGAUCAGCUGGACAAAGAGAGGGAGGAGGCCUUCCUGCGAGCCCAAAGAGAAGCUGAGAGGAAGAGACUGGAGAGAGAGCAGCUGCACAUCCAAGAGGAGCAGGAGAGACUGCAGAGGAAGAAGAGAAUUGAGGAAAUCAUGAAGAGAACAAGGAAGAGUGAAGUGGACACUCCAUCUAGUGCUGCAGCAUCUGACGUGAGAGCAGAGCCUGCUGUCGGCUUGGAUGAAGACGUCCCGACUCCUGCUGAAGCCCCCGUCAUCAUGCUGGGACCCCUGGAGAACAAGAGCUUUGUGGACGAGCUGUCCGACGGAGUCCAGUCCAUGGACGUCAGUCCGGUUUCCAGGGAGGAGCAGGCGAGCGCUCAGGAGUUUUCUCCGGUCACUGAGGGAACAGACGGCUGCCCCCUGGAGCACCUGAUGGACCUGGACCCCCACGGGCGAGAACAGCAACAGGGUGCAGAAACGCCUCCCUUCCCCAAGCUGCAGGCCGGCAGCGGGGUCGGCGACCUCAACAAGAACCUGCUGAUCCAAGGGUACAGCGCCGCCUCCAGCGAAUCCUCCCAGCUCAUCCACAGCGUCAGUCCCAGCAAACUGGACGUCUAGUAGCCAGGAGGUUUUCAGGUUCGGUGUAAACAGGAACCAGGAGAAACAGACCACUAGACCAUCACCUCCGUCUGCAACUACAACAAUCAUCAUUUCCACAAGGAACGACUGCUGAACACCUGAUUUCUCAUCUGUAUUAAACCACAAACGCACAUAACUGUUACGCUUCUGGACACGUUUUGAGGCAGUGCAGAUGGGCAAUUUUGACUCUCACAGACUCAGUUAUUAACAAAAAUUAAAAUAUUACUACAGUAAGUUUAGUUUUUGAAAUGAUUGUGAGACAGAGGAAGAAGUUCACAUCAUUCUUGCAUGUUUGUCACGUGAAAACAUUAAGUUUAGGAAAGUGAAGCAACUAUAUAAACUUAAUGUCAUGGUUAUGUUUAUGCAUCUAAAACUUAACCGGAAAAUAAAACUCUAUAAAUGCUAUUUCGAGGUCAAUAUCAGCCCAAAUCUGCACACAUCAAACUGCUUUUCAUUUACAGAUUUUUUCACAGAAGCUCCUUGCAGCCUUCUUAAAUCAGCACCGAUGCGUCUUGCCUACAUCUGUUCCCGUUGAAGCCAAUAUUGCUCAUCUGCAUCACCGCAAAAUAUCACUCGAGUGUCAUCCGCUUUAAUCUCUCAUCCCCGCUUUUGUAAAACUCUGUAAAUAGAUCUGACUGGGCGGUGGAGUCUGUCGCCGUAGAGACAGGGAAGCAGCUCUGUAGCAGUUUAUCCCGACGAGACGCCGUGAAACAGACACUGUUGUGUGAAUCCUGUGUAGCAUCUUCAGUGAGGACUAGCUAGUUGAGCUGUUAAUGGCUGUGGUUGUAGCUGUGUACUUCUACAGUGUGUGGGAAUUUCUCUCUUUCUGUCAGUGUUUUCUGAUGGUUACUGUGUGUUUAUCUCACCACUGACCUGCUCUACUGCUGACAGCCACUCUUACUACUAUAAAACCCCAGUCUGCUGUAGAUUUCCUGUCAUCCUGACGCUGGAGAAACCAUCAACAACCGAUAUUAUAACCCUGCUGUCGACCCGUAACACGUAGCCUAUAGCUUCGGAUUCUCUGCUGCUCGUCUCUGGACAAUUUGUGGAGGAGAAACAAUCCACAGCGAGGAUUUAAACAAAUACCUGUGAGGGGGAGGGGGAAGGGGUUAAAAAAAUAUAUCCUGUAUUUUUAUCCACGGGUCAGGAAAAUAUUGACACAGUAUGUUGUGUAUUUGUCUGGCACUGACUGUAACCACGCUAGCUGCAGUUUAGAGUGUGCACUUACAGUAGUUGUGUGUUUCACUGCUCUGAAGACGCUUGUAUCUCCACCUCAUACGGACUUGGAUAGCUCAUUUUCCCCCCGACAACAACAACAACAACAAAAAAAACAAAAAAAAUACCUCACCAACACAAAACAGACUCUGGUGUUAAAACAGCGUUCAUCACCUCGCAGCUCAUCACCUCUGAGGCCUUAAACCUCUGUGCAGUCAACAUCCUCCCAUCCUCUGUGCUUUGACCUCUGGCUGUGUUACAUCCAGCAUGUGCACUUUUGCUGUUUAAAGGCCCUUUUCCACUAAAACAUCCUGGAAGAAAUGUUUCCUGAGCAGGUCUGUGUAUGCCUCUCAGCUGCACCUCAAGAGCCACAAAGAUUAGACAGAUUAGAAGGAAGUGGAAGAAGAUUAGAAGGAAGUGAGGGGAAAGAAUGUGAACUGUAGCCCAAUAAUUUGUGCCGCAGCUUCGUUCUGUGGAUGAUCAGUCACGAGUUCAGAAAUACUGAGGUAAUAAGUCUCUAAGCCACCAUCAGAGCCUCAUAAACUUAAGAAAACUUUGACCAACCACCAAUCAAACUCUGCAAUUUUCUGAAAAAAAUCAGGAGAAUCACAUUCUAUUUAUUGAAUUGUUCAGUCAUAUAUAUAUUUAAUUAUAUCUCCCUACAUUAUGAUCUGAUGGCGGGUAUAGAGAGAUAAUGCUAAAUUCAUUUUGUUUUUCGUAUAGAAAGACACACAAAAAAGUAUUAGAAUCAACCUUAAAGGCAUACUAUGCAGAA